AUGGAGUGGCUCCAGAAAUAUGUCAGAUAUGGGCGGGAGGAGCUGCAGUGUAAAGAGCCCCCUGAUGUCCGUGUGUCCCGAAAAGUGGAACACGGGAUCCUGACACUGUCCUGCCAUGCAUACAGAUUCUACCCCAGCACCAUUGGGACCAGCUGGAUGAAGGGGAUGAAAUCCCGGAUCGUUCCACACCUGGGCAGGAUCGAAGCGCUGCUGGAGGAGCAGGAGCAGCCCCUGCGCCGGGCGGAGCAUCCCGGAAUGCCAGAGCCUGGGAUCUGCUCCUGGGCUGAGGCUGGGAACAUGGAAUGUGGGAACUGGGAAUUUGGGACUGUGGAGCAGUGGGAUGGGGGUUCCCCUCCCCUCCUCACCAUGCCGUGCUUCCCAGAGCUGGAAUCCAGCAGGAAUCUCACCCUGGUGGUCGCUGUGUCUGUCAGUGCUGCCAUCAGCAUUGUUAUCCUCAUUGGAUUUGGUGUCUGGAAGCUCCAAUCUGGUUCUCCCUAAACCCAACCUGGGGGUCACCCUGUUCUUCUCCCCUUCCCAGACACUUGGAGAUCCCCCCAUGACCCAUCCAGCCCCCCCAAACUCCUCCUUGGGUCACCCCUAAGUCCCCAGUGGGGAUUUCUGUGAGUUCCCCUGUGUUCCCCCAUUCCCAGGACUUUGGGAGUCCCCCCCGACCUGUCUGUGCCCCCCCUGAUUUCUUCCACAGUCCCUCUGUGAUGGUGGGGGCUGGGGUCCAAGUGCUGGUGCCUCCCUGCCUGCAGCAGAUCCAGCACUGAGGGGAGUCCCUUAGCAUUUGGGGUCCCCUGGGGUUAGGGGUCACCCCCCCGGGUCACCCAGGAUCUCCCUGAACACGCUGACACUGCCCAUGCUCAGUGAGAAGGUUCAUUCCCAGCACGAGGCCUCAGCUGUGUCACUGGCAUCGCCCAGGUACCCAGAAAGCCUCCCGGGAACCCCAAACCCUCUGGAACAUCCCAGCUUCCCUGGGACCCCAAUAUCAUCCCUAGCCUCUCCAAAAGCUCCCCAAGACUGCAAAACCCCAUACAGACCCCCCCCAAACCUUCUCAGGACAUCAAAAUUCCCACAGGACGUCCCAACACCCCUCCAGACCCCCUUGAGAAGGUACAUACAUGGCAUGGGAUCCCCAUCUCCGUCGCCAGCAGAUCGGUUUGGGAGUGACCCAGCCCAUUCCCGUUGGCCAGGGAGGAGGAGGAAGACAGUGGGAUAGAGGAGGAGGAAGAAAGAGGGAGAGAGGAGGCGGAGCAGGCAGAGGAGGAGCUGGAGCAGCUGGAGGAAGCACUGCGUGCUUUCAGCUCUCUCUGCACUCGCAGCAGCUUCGGCUCGGGACCAUCGCCCCCCAUCCCGCAGGUGCCUCGGGAGGGGGAGCUCGCCCCAAGUAUCCCGGGGGUCCCUGGGUUUGGGAUUUUUUUGGGGGGAUGUUUGGAGCUUGCAGAGCUCCAAAGCCGAGCCGCAGAUGGCCCUCAGGGGGACAUCGGGGGGUCCCUGGUGAUAUGAAUAAGAAGCUUGACUAGGCCAAUACUCAAGCAGCAAUCAAUUUAUUAAUUAAUAUGGUAAAGUAUGAGCAAUACAGCGCUGGGUACAGUGGGGGGAAUUUUCCCUCCAACUGCACACCGAUAGUUGGGGCUUACAGAUAUUUAUAGGGGUUUUCAUAAGCUUUUUCAGCAGUUUCUAUUCCAAAUGUUUGCGUCACAAUUCUAUACACUAUUGUGAUUUAGUUUUUCUCAGGAUGUAUCUCAGAAAGGAGUAUCCCCAGAUGGUGGGGUCCAGCUUCUGAAGGAAGAAAGAAGUCUCUCAGCUGGUGAGGUCCAGGGUCCAUAUGCGGGUUCAUCUUUGAAUUGCAAGGACUAUAAAUCUCAUACCAGUGAUUUCCAGCUUCCCUUGGUCAAAACUAUCAAUCCUUGAGUUCUUCUUCCUUUCUCAAGCUGGUUUUGCAUAUUUUGUUAAGGUGUCGAGAUAAGCAUCUUUCCUUUUGAUAUAUUCUAAAGCUAUAGUUUCAAAGAUCCUUACUACAAGCAUUAUUCUGAAAUUAUACUUCAAAAGGUUAUUAUUGCAAACUCUUUUUAGCUGGAAGCAGAAAGUUCCUGUCAAACAGCAACAUCCUUAAAGCUUUAAUUCGAAUGCUCCUAAAUCAACUUAAGACUUAUAAAGGUCAAUUGCAAACAAAGGAUAGGUUCAAAGGCCUUCUUCCAUGCUUUACUUCCUCAGUUAUUUAUUAGAAUUGUCUUCAUAACUGUCCCACGGUCAGUUUCCACACAUAUCACAAUCACAGAUAUACACAUUGCCUGUAUGUACCUGACACAAAACACAGCUUUAUAUUUCACAUCAGGAGGUGUUUUUAGGGAGUUGUGGCCAUCCCCUGGCAGGGCUCACCUGCAAACUGGGUGUAGGCUGUGUCUUGGAGGAAGGUGCCACGGCCAAAGUCAAUCAGUUUCAGCUGCCCGCUGGCCAGGUUGAGCAGGAUGUUCUCAGGCUUGAUGUCCCUG